AUGCUUGCUCCGUUGCUGGUGGCAGCUGGCGCGCUGCUCGCCGCCCAUCUCCUGCGCAAGUUGUUCGUCAAGCGCUUUGAGCAGUAUUCCGGCUUCCCUCAGCACCCUUCCUCUCUCCUUCUGGGACAUCUCCAGGUCGUCGAUGAAUUCGUCCGCAAACAGCCGCCAAAGGCCCACGCCGACAUGGCCUUUGCGGCGAUGCACGAGGCCUUGGGACGGCCGCCCGUCAUGUUUGUCGACUUGCGCCCUGCCUCGUCGCCCAUGCUCGUCAUAGGUAGCUACGACGUCGCCGAGCAAAUCGUCAAGCCCUCGCACCGCUGGCCCUACACGCCUCCAAAGGUGCCGGAAAUCUGGAAGCGGCUUGAAUAUCUCACCGGCCCCAGGUCCAUCAUCUCGGCCAAGGGCGACGAAUGGCGGGCCAUUCGUAAGCGCUUCAACCCGGGCUUUGCCACACCGAACCUCAUGAACCUGCUUCCGUCCAUACUCGAUAAAGUCUCCCUCUUUGUCGAGCGCCUCGACAGCCUCGCCUCGGCUGGCGUCGAGUUUCCGCUCCAGAGCUAUGCUACCGACCUCACCUUUGACAUCAUCGGCCGCGUGGCCCUCGACCUGGACAUGGACGCCCAGAAAAAGGAGCCCACCGAGUUUAUGCGCGUCUUCCGCGACCUCAUAGAGACAUUCAGCGGAGAGCAUCUCGACCUUCCGUGGUGGUGUACGCCGCGUGUCGAGUGGAAGCGCUACCGUCUACACCGAUGGGUGAGGGAGAGUCUCCGGGAAAUCGUUCGCCAUCGCCAUGCCGCGGGGGGUCAAGGGGAAAACAACUAUAGCAUCCUCGCCAUGAGUCUUCAGGGCGUGGAUUCUCUCUCCCCCGACAUGGUCGAUCUGACAUGCGAUCAACUCACCAGCUUCUUGUUUGCCGGCCACGACACGACCAGCACCCUCAUGUCCUGGGCCUUUUAUGAGCUCUCUCGCACACCUCACGCUCUACGUGCCGUACGUGCCGAGCUGGACGACUUGUUUGGUCCUGACCCUGACCCUGCCGCCGUGCGUGCGACUCUGCUUGCUCCUGGAGGCAAAGAGCUGUUACACCGCAUGUCGUAUACGACGGCUGUCAUCAAGGAGACUCUGCGACUGUGGCCCCCUGGUGCCACAUCACGCAUGACGGAGCCUGGCGACGGUUUCACGGUCCAGACACCGACAGGCGAGCUGUGUGUAGACGGCCUGAUGAUUUACCAAGUCCAUUCCAUCAUCCAGCGCGACCCGGAAGCAUUUGGCGACACUGCCAACCAUUUCGUGCCGGAGCGCUGGUUACAUGACAGCGACAAGAUCCCAACUGGAGCCUGGCGCCCGUUUGAGCGCGGGCCGAGAAGCUGUAUCGGCCAGGAACUGGCCACCAUUGAGGCGCGCGUCGUGAUGGCGCUCGCCGCUCGGCGGUUCGACUUUACAAAGGUCGGCCGCGGCGCGCUGGCGCUCGACGACGCUGGUGCUCCGGAAAUGGGUAGCCAUGGUCAGUACAAUGUGGCAUCGGCAAUGUACAUGGUAGGCAUAUUCUGA